ACCCAAACAAGCGCAUGGGGCGCGGACCCGCUCCGCGCAGCCUCUAACCCCGGCGCUGCCCCCCCACAGGGCUCGGGACCGGGCCCCGCCGCACCGGGGGGCAGGAGGAAGCGCCGGGUCCCUUCCUCCUCCUCCUCUUCCUCCUCCUCCUCCUUCUUCUCCUCCUUCCCCCCCGUUCCCGUCCGUGCUUCGCCGUGCGGAUCCCUUCGCUUUAGGGGUUCGCGUCCUAAAGUUGGGCUUUGAUCCCCCCCCCUUUUCCCUUUCCCUUUCCCCCUUCUCCCUUUCCCCCUUUCCCCCUUCCCCUCCGCCGCACCGGGGGCAGCGGCAGCGAACAUGUCCCGUUCCAACCGGCAGAAGGAAUACAAAUGCGGGGACCUGGUCUUUGCCAAGAUGAAGGGGUACCCGCACUGGCCCGCACGGAUCGAUGAGAUGCCAGAAGCUGCAGUCAAAUCCUCCUCCAACAAAUACCAAGUGUUCUUCUUUGGGACCCAUGAGACGGCAUUCCUGGGGCCCAAAGACCUCUUCCCCUAUGAGGAAUGCAAGGAGAAGUUUGGGAAGCCCAACAAGAGGAAAGGCUUCAGCGAGGGCCUCUGGGAGAUCGAGAACAACCCCACAGUGAAGGCCUCUGGCUACCAGCCCACCCAGAAGCAGACCUGCUCCGAGGCGGCCGCGCGGGAGCCGGAGGGCGACGGAGACAAGAAGGGCAACGCCGAGGGCAGCAGCGACGACGAGGGGCAGCUGGUGAUCGAUGAGCAGGCCAAGGAGAGGGCCGAGAAGGCCGGUAGCAAGCGGAGAGCGGACGACGCUUCCCAGAACUCCCCCAAGCGCCCCAAGGAAGCAGAGGGGCAGGAAGGGCCCAAAGCCAACGAGGAGCCCCCCGAGGAGGAGCCGCAGGUGAACGCGGGUGAUGGUGACAAGAACAGUGCUGGGGCCGCACCGGAGGCCACGGGGACGGGCACGGAGGAGCUCAGAGACCACGAGGAGAGGCUGUAGCGGGGCCGGGCCCGUCCCCAUUGGGCUCCCUUGGGUGCUGCUCGGUGUGGCCACAGGAAGAGGAGCCCAGGAGCCCAGCGAGAGGAAGGAGUGAGGCGAGGGCCUGCGUGGGGCCUGCUCCCGGUGCAUGCUUCCCGCAGCCAGCGCCGGGGGCUGAGCGGCUCCUGGGAAAUAAACGCGAUUCCUGCCUUUUUAAAGCGA